AUGGUCACGGUUCAGACGGCGGAAGCGAGCGAUUACGCCGCCGCCGUAUGGGAGAGCAGGAAGGCCAAGGUUUUCGUCAUCGCGGGGGUCGGCGCUGUGCUAGCGGCGGCCGAGGUUGCUCUCUACCUCUGCUUCCACCUGUCGAGGACGUUCUACCUCUCCACUGCCGCCGUCCUGGCGGUGACCGUGGUGUGGCUGCUGCUGCUGUUGCACUGCACGGCGGGGCAGGCCGAGCGCAUGGCGGCACGGCGGGCCCAGGACGACGGCGAGGAACUGCGCGUGGAGUACAGCUUCUUCCGUAAGGUCGCUGGACUGCCGUGCAAGUUCUCCUACCAGGCGCUGGCGGCUGCCACGGACGACUUCCAGUGCGUGGUCGGACGGGGCGCGUCGGGGACGGUGUUCCGCGGCAUCCUCGACGAUGGAACCCAGGUGGCGGUGAAGCGGAUCGGCGCCGACCAUGCGGACAAGGAGUUCAAGGCGGAGGUGUCGGCCAUCGCCGGCGUGCAGCACGUCAACCUGGCGCGCCUAAUCGGCUUCUACCUCGGCUCGCCGCGCUUCCUCGUCUACGAGUACAUGGAGCACGGCUCCCUCGACGGGUGGAUCUUCCCCUGUGUUGACGACGGCCGUGAGCGCCGCUGCCUACCGUGGGCGCGGCGGUACCAGGUCGCCGUGGACGUCGCCAAGGCGCUGACGUAUCUGCACCACGACUGCCGCGCCAAGGUGCUGCACCUGGACGUGAAACCGGAGAACAUCCUCCUCGAUGAUGGGUUCCGUGGGAUCCUGUCGGACUUCGGGCUGGCGAAGCUGGCAGGGAAGGACCAGAGCCGGGUGGUGACUACGGUGCGCGGCACGGUGGGGUACCUGGCACCAGAGUGGCUCCUCGACGCUGGCAUCACGGAGAAGUCCGACGUGUACAGCUACGGCAUGGUGCUUCUGGAGAUUGUCGCCGGCCGCCGGUGCCUUCGGACGGAGGAGGAUGGCCGGUGGUCGUACCUGCCCAAGAUCGCGGCGGAGAUAGCGCAGGAGGGGCGCGUGAUGGAGUUGGUGGACGGGAGGCUCGCUACCGGCGGCGAUGAUCAGGUGGAGGAGGCGGCGGUGCGGAGGGUAGUGCACGUGGCGCUCUGGUGUUCGCAGGAGCACGCCGGGGUGCGGCCGAGCAUGGCGCGCGUGGUGGAGAUGCUGGAGGCGAGGGGCGUGGGAGAGGUAGAGGCGCCGCCGCCGUCGGACACGAUCAUGGUGGACCUUCUGGAGCUCGAUGACGACGCGCGCGGCGGCGGGCCGUUCGGCCUGCCGGUGAGACCCGCCGGGAGGGCCGCCUUGUCGUCGUCGGUGCUGAGCAAGGGCGACUCGUUCGCGCUAUCCUACCUGUCAGGGCGAUAG